AUGCUCAGAAUUUUAGUGCAUCGUUGAUGUAUCGCCGUCAUAACGUCGGAACUCUAUUUUCUUACUUUUAACUUAAUUUUUGCUUCAUUUAGUGAUAAUUUGUGUGAUUUAAAUUUAUCAAGAUAUACUUCAUUCAAUUAUAAUUCUUUUCACUUUUACAAAUCUUAAUUUGAUCAAUUAAAUCGUCUGUAAUCGCUUAUGUAAGAAUUGUCAAGUAGAACUCUAUUUCUGCUCGAUUCAUGUUCGCCAAGCACUGAUGUCAUCUUGGCAUCUGCGCCCUUAUUUUCUUUUUUUUUGUAAAUUUUAAAUAUAUUUUAUUUUCAUUUCUUAGUAUGAAAUUUAUUAAAAAUAGUAUUCUUUGAGGAAAAUUCUGAAUAAUUAAUUGGUAUUAUAUUACAUCAUUGUGAUUGACUUAGAAAAUUACUAUUAUUUAAGAUUUUUUAUUGAAUUAUAAUUAAUAUAUUUGUUCAAAAAUACUUCUAAAUAUCCAAAAAAUUAUAUUUUCUAGUUUUAUAAGUUUUAAAUUUACAUGAUUUACUAUACAAUGACUAAGCCACGUCAAUCACACUUGGGCGAAAUAUUGGUACAAUAUUAACUUCCAUAUCUCAACUCACACUACUCUAUUCUUCCUUGUGUAUGUUAGAUCUCCUCAAUAUCUCUUGCCCCAUGAAGCAAGUACAACAUGGAUGGAUGAGGUCAUUCAAAUGUUGUAAUAAUACAAUACCACAAUCCACUAGCUCAAAGAACAUCUAGCUCGUGCACAAUAGUGGAUAAAGGUGUACAAUGAGUGGCAAUGGUCCUUACGAGAAGCUUGGGCCUUGUUUUUUCCGACUGUUUGAAGUCGUGGAAAGGGUAGGCACUAUAGCUUCUUAGCUCGUGUUGCCACUGAUUGUGGGAUUCAUCUGGUCUUCCACAUAUCCCAGAUCAAGCAGGCUAUUGGGGCAUUAA